GUGACGUCCUGGUUUCAUAUUUCAGUGCUCGCUGGACCGUGCCAAUUAGCUGACGUGAAUUUGCAUCUUGCUAGUUAGUAACAGUUAUGUUCUCGAUAAGGUUACUGUUGAUGAAAUUUCUGCUGUCCGGUGUGUGCGCGAUAAUUCACGAUUGUAAUCACUUCCACAAUGGUGUGUACAACAUUCGUUACUGUGCCUUCAGUAACAUUAGUGUAACUCACGAUGCGGAAGAGGUCGUGUUCCGAUCCGAGUAUCCUAGGCCUUAUUAUUUCGAAUUUUACGACUCAAAACUUACGGAAAUCCCACGAAUCCUGUUCACUUCUUUCCCGGAGCUGCAGAACCUGGACGCGGCUCGCAGUCAGCUGGAAAAUAUCAACAAGUACACAUUCGAACAUGCCAAAGAGUUGCGAUACCUGAACUUAUCCAGCAAUCAGUUGACGGUUUUAAACAAUUUCGUGUUCAAAGGUUGUGACAAACUCACGAGAUUGGAUUUGUCAAAUAACCGAAUUACCGUAAUCAAGGACAAAGCUUUGGGUGAUGCUACGAAGGUUGAUCAUUUGGAUUUGUCCGAGAAUUUGCUGUCUGAUCUAGAUGAAACUCUUUUCUCUAAGCUAACUUUGUUGUCAUACCUGUCAUUGGCAAAUAACCGAUUAAAAUCGUUGGAUGACCACCUGCUUGACAACUGCACCAUGCUUGCCUAUCUCGACGUUAAAGGGAAUCAAAUCCAAACGCUAAGUGAUUACUUUCUGAAUAGUUUAACCUACUUGAGAACAUUAAUUAUUGAUAACAACAAGUUGACAACGUUGAAUAUCCCACAACAGCUGACGAAGCUAUUCGCAUCGAAGAAUCAACUUUCAUCCGUUUACUCGGAAGAACCUGAAAAAUCGCAACUCUAUUCACUUAGUUUAUCUAAAAACAAACUUACCAGUAUAAGGAAUAUUACCAUAUUGGAGAAUAUUGCUGUGCUAGAUAUUUCGUUCAAUCCGAUUGGUCCACUGAAUUUAACUACAUUUUUGAAGUUGAAGAAGCUGGUGGAUUUAAAUCUGGAAGCAACGCAGCUAAACACUCUUGAACAUGGAUUAUUCACCCAGCAAUCGAAACUGCGCCGUUUAGAUAUAUCUUACAAUUUUCUUCGCAAGCUAGACCUAACAGUAAUGACUUCAACGCCCGCUCUGGAGAAGCUGUACAUCGAUGGAAACGGGCUCUUGGAAAUUAACUACGAACACAUUCCCGAACUUUUCCCGAAUCUGACAUAUUUGGGUAUGUUUGCCAAUGCGUGGAAUUGUUCGUAUCUGACCGGUUUGGUGCGAUUCUGCAACCGAAAUAGUAUUGCCGUUAGCUCAUCGAAAACCUACGGCGAAAUGUCCUACAUGACGAACGUCCAGGGCAUCUAUUGUGCCAGCUCGGACAAGGAUCGGAUUGACUUCCAGCCCAGUAUUGCCGUUCGGCAUGACGACGAGAACUUUGACAGCGAGAAAGACGUACAGCUGGAGCUGCUUGUCGGGAACAUCAGCUCAACCGAAUUCGAGUACAAACUGAUGGUGGAGCUGCUGGACAUGAUCAGGUCGGUUAAUGCGACCAACAGCGAGCGUUUGGAGGAAGUGCGCCGUGCAGCGUUGGGUGCUGAUAGAGGGUGCGAGUCAAUUCACACAACCGGAUACCAAGUGUUCAUCAUGUUAAUUUUAACCUUUAUUCUGGUGAUUAAUGUUGGGUUUUUGCUGUACGUGCAUUAUAACGCCAAUGCUCGCAGAGCCAUCGAUCAGAUGAUAAUUUUUAGACGAGGCGAGACGGCAUCCGUUCAAACGCAGCUGGAGGAGUUUUGAAAUUUUCGAGUGUGUGUUGUUUAAGAUAGCAUGGAUUUUUAAUUUUUAGAUAAAUUUUAUCAGUAAAUAAGUGGUAUGAUAUGAUGAUAUGAUUAAUAUAUUCUGAACAAUGCAGUAAUAUUUAAAGACCGGCACCUUGUUUUUCAGAAUGCGAUCCUUGUGAAACUUCAAUGUGAGCACCUACACGAAAAAUUCUUCGAAGUAAAUAAUGAAAAAUGAAUUUGAAUUUUGACAA